AUGGCCUCGACCCUCAUGCGAACCACUCCGGCCCUGCGGGGAGCCCUUCGAUCCCGCGCCAUGAAGCCCGCUGCUGCCAUGGCCAGCACCACCUUUGUCCGUGGCAAGGCCACCCUGCCCGACAUGCCCUACGACUAUGGCGCGCUCGAGCCUCACAUCUCCGGCCAGAUCAUGGAGCUGCACCACAGCAAGCACCACCAGACCUACGUCAAUGGCCUGAACAGCGCCCUCGACUCGAUCGCCGAGGCCGAGGGCAAGGGCGACUACACCAAGGCCGCCUCCCUGGCUCCUCUCCUCAACUUCCACGGCGGUGGUCACCUGAACCACUCCCUCUUCUGGGAGAACCUGGCCCCCGCCAGCCGUGACGGUGGCGGCGAGCCCGACGGUGCUCUCAAGAAAGCGAUCGACGCCGACUUUGGCAGCUUCGACACCUUCCGCAAGCAGAUGAACACCGCCCUCGCCGGCAUCCAGGGCAGCGGCUGGGCCUGGCUCGCCAAGGACAAGUCGGCCGGCAACCUGCAGCUCGUCACCCGCGCCAACCAGGACCCCGUCACCGGCAAUCUCGUCCCCCUGCUCGGCAUCGACGCCUGGGAGCACGCCUACUACCUGCAGUACCAGAACCGCAAGGCCGAGUACUUUGACGCCAUCUGGAACGUCGUCAACUGGAAGACCGUCGCCGAGCGCUUCGGCAAGGCUUAA